AUGUUCUUCGUAAGUUCUCUUUCCUUCCAUCCUUCCUCAAUAUCAAUCAACAACCCCACUCUAACCAUUCAUUCUUUUUUUUUCUUCUUCAAAAUAGGAUCCGGCUGGGGACCAACCUCCUACCCCAUCGUAGUCGGCCACGAAAUCGUCGGCAAAGCCAUCCGCGUCGGCAGCGCCGUCUCCCAAUCCGGAGAAGGAGCCUCAGCAAUCCGCGUAGGAGACCGCGUCGGGGUAGGAGCACAAGCAGGAUCCUGUCUCCGACCCGACUGUGCGCAAUGCACAAAUUCCGAAGAACAAUUCUGCAAAAACAACUUCGUCAUGACGUACAACGGAACCUGGCCGAGCGGGGCUACCGCCCAAGGAGGUUAUGCGAAAUAUUGGCGAGGCGCAGGACAUUUUGUGUUUCGUAUCCCGGAGGAAAUUCCUUCGGAAGAGGCUGCGCCGAUGUUGUGUGGAGGUGUGACGGUGUAUUCACCUCUCAAACAAAAUGGUGUUGGGCCGGGAAAGAGGGUGGGAGUGAUUGGUAUUGGAGGGUUGGGACAUAUGGCGAUUAUGUUUGCCAAAGCCUUGGGAGCGGAAAGAGUAGUGGCGAUUUCGAGAAAUGAUGGGAAAAAAUCUGAUGCAUUGCAGAUGGGUGCGGAUGAACUGAUUGCGACGGAUACGGAUGAAGAAUGGUCGCAGAAAGCUGCGAAUUCUUUGGAUGUUAUCAUUUGUACCGUGUCUUCGCCGAAGAUGCCCUUUGGGGAAUAUUUGAAUUUGUUGGAUGUGGGAGGCACGUUUGUGCAAGUGGGAGCGCCGGAUGAUGUGUUGCCGCCGUUUGUGGCUAUGGCGUUGAUUAUGAAAAAGGUCAAGAUUGUGGGUUCGUUGAUUGGUUCUCCUGCGGAAAUUCGGGAAAUGUUUGAGGUCGCUGCGAGGCAAAAGGUCAAGCCGUGGGUUCAGAAACGUGCUAUGAAGGAUGCGAAUCAAGUCAUUUUGGACUUUGAGGCUGGCAUGCCGAGAUAUCGCUAUGUGUUGGAGAACUGAGGGAAUUGAUAGUGCUGGACAUGUGGCGGAGAAAGAGUUCGUACAUACCUUUUUGAAAAUUUAAGAGUCUCUUUCUUUUUGAAGGCACUAGUAUUUGGCUCGAC